CAACUGUUAAGUAUAACAAUUGUUAUUCAAUUAUAAGUUGUUUAGAUAAAUGAGAUGGAAAGCAGUGUUACAAAUAAAAGUAAGAGAGGGAAAAAAUGGAAGUGUGGUUAUGUUAUUGCUAAAUCAAUAUAUGCGGGUAAAAGUAAGGUUUGUUUAAUUGGGAAAGUGUUGGCCCAAAAGGUGGACUAUUUCAGAUUGGCGUGCGUAUUACUGUACCACUUCUUAGAAAGAAAGAGGAUAUAAUUAUACUUUGAAGGUUGAUGAUUCUUUACACCUUUAUUUGCCAAAAAAUAAGCCACCCCCCACUGUACCACUUUUCAGUUUCAUCUUAAAGGAGGAGCUAAAUAAAUACAGCUACUGUUUUGUGUAUUAAGGGACUAAAGGGAGUAGUUUUCUUGAUAAUUUGUACUGGGGAUUUCUGAUUCUUUUUUUUUUUUUUUUUUUUUGUGUGUGUGUGUGUGUGGUGGGGACGAGGGUGCUGAUUCUAAAGAGAUAGAUAGAUAUGUAAGGGGAACAUUCUGAGAUUGGCUUUUUUUGAAUAACAGGGUGCGUGUUGCUUUGGUGGCUGGCAAAGAUUAGGGACAACUCAUCUUUUUCAUGGUCCAUCAACUUCAUUGGUGAGAUAGAGGAUUUUUGAGUAAAGGAAUGUGGAUUCUGGUGUUUGCUUUUCCAGAGAAGGCACGGGAAGUAGUUUAAAUAUAUUUUAACACCAAGAGUGUAGGGAUAAACAAUUAGAGCAAGGGCGGUGGUCGUAGUGGUGAGCAUGUGGUAUCUGGUUUUGAGAGUUAAAAUUUGCAUAUAUUGAGGUAUUGAGUUGUGUAUCUUGGAUUGGACUUUUGUGGUUGUUUGUAGUUGAGCUUACAACAAAACUAAUAAAGAAGCCAAUUCCCUCCUACUUUAAAGCUUGUGAAGUUUGGUGCAAGUAUAGGUACUUUCCUUGGCAUUGUUCUCUCAAUUACUGUAGGUGAAUAGAUACUUCUAGAGCGCAAAGAUGAAGUAUAUGAAACUUGGAUCCAAGCCUGAUCAGUUUCAGACAGAAGGAGAUAAUAUCAGGUAUGUAGCAACUGAAUUGGCGACGGACAUGGUCAUCAAUGUUGGAGAUGUAAAAUUUUAUCUCCACAAGUUUCCCCUUCUGUCCAAGAGUUUCCGCUUGCAGAAGCUGACCGCAGAUAUAAAUGAGGAAGGCAAGGAUGAAAUCAACAUCGACGAUAUACCUGGUGGACCUGCAGCUUUUGAAAUAUGCGCAAAGUUCUGUUAUGGUAUGACAAUAACUCUGAAUGCGUAUAAUGUGGUUGCGGCUCGUUGUGCAGCAGAAUACCUGGAAAUGUAUGAAACUGUCGAGAAGGGUAACAUUAUCUACAAGAUUGAGGUUUUUCUUACAUCUAGCAUCUUCCGGAGCUGGAAAGAUUCAAUCAUUGUUCUCCAAACAACAAAAGCUUUUCUUCCCUGGUCUGAGGAAUUAAAGAUUGUUAGUCAUUGUCUAGACUCUGUUGCAUCUAAAGCUUAUAUUGACACCUCAAAGGUGGACUGGUCAUAUACAUAUAACCGCAAAAAGCUUCCAUCUGAAAAUGGAAGUGACUCGCUAUGGAAUGGUGUGAAAAAGCAACAGUCUGUUCCAAGAGACUGGUGGGUCGAGGACCUUUCUGAACUUCAUAUUGACUUGUAUAAACGGGUUAUAACAACAAUAAAAACAAAGGGAGGGAUGUCUCCAGAAGUAAUAGGUGAAGCAUUGAGAGCAUAUGCCUGCAGAAGGCUACCGGGAUUCAGCAAGGGUACCAUUCAAGGAAGUGAUCCUGUUAAGUAUCAGUAUUUGGUUGAUGUGAUUACUUCUCUGUUGCCCACAGAAAAACAUAGUGUUUCAUGUAGUUUCUUGGUCAGAUUGUUACAGAUGUCUAUUUCUUUGGAAUGUGGAGAAACAGUAAGAAGUGAACUGAAGAGGAGGAUUGGCCAGCAGCUUGAUGAGGCAUCGGUAGCUGACCUCCUCCUUCGUGCACCAGCUAAUGAAUCUACUAUUUACGAUAUUGACAUAGUACAUGAGCUUGUUCGGCAGUUCAUGAUGCAGAAAAGGAGUGGUCAGAGUGAUUUUCCUGAAGAUAAUGACUUUCAGGAUAUGUACCCUGCAUUUGCAUCAGAUGCGUCCAAGUUUAAGGUGGCAAGGGUGCUUGAUGGUUACCUUGCGGAAGUUUCUCGAGAUCCAAAUCUACCUUUGGUGAAAUUUGUCAAUCUUGCUGAAAUGGUGUCUGGCUUCCCUAGACCUUCCCAUGAUGGAAUUUACCGUGCUAUUGACAUGUAUCUUAAGGAACAUCCAGGAAUCACUAAGAGUGAAAGAAAAAGAAUUUGUAAGCUAAUGGACUGCCGGAAGCUAUCAGCUGAGGCCUGCAUGCAUGCUGUGCAGAAUGAGCGCCUUCCGUUGAGAGUAGUUGUACAAGUUCUGUUCUUUGAGCAAGCCAGAGCAACAUCAUCUGGUGGCGGCAGCACCCCUGACCUUGCUGGAACCAUUAAGACUUCGCUUCCAGGGGAAUCCCAUGAGAGCUCAAGAUCUGCUACAACUAACACGGACGAGGACUGGGAUGCCAUGCCAACUGCUGAGGAGCUUAAAGCUUUGAAAGGGGAGCUUGCUGCUCUAAGGUUGAGGGACAAGGAAACUGGUUGCAAUGAUACUAAUUCAGUAGACAUGAAAAUGAGUGCUGAAAAAGCUGCUGGUGGCAAAGCGAAGGGUUUAAUCAUUUCCAAGAGGAUCUUCUCAAAACUGUGGUCCAAUAAAGAUAGACUAAGCGAGAACAGCAGUUCGGAUACAUCAGAAAGCCCCGGAUCUUCCAAUGCCGGGGAAUCAAAGUCCACCCCAUCAAGAAGUAGGAGGCAUUCCCUUUCUUAAUGUUAAGUUGCAGAUUAACCAAUUUCCCUCAAGUUUAUGUAAAAGUUUCACCCUUGUUUGAUGCUAGGAUUGGAAGAAGUUAAUGUCUGCCGCUAACCCUUGAAGUAUUAGGGAGAAUUCCUCCUAUAAUUUUUGAGCAUUUUCAAGAAUGUAUUUGCAAGGUUAGAUCAGCUUUGGACUGAAUUGGAUCCUCUAGUUUUCAUAGUUUUUCUGUUGUAUUCAAUUGUUCCCCAAGAGAAAUAUAGGUGGACCACCUUUGUUUUAGGCUCUCUUUUUACAAGAUUGGAAAAGGCAAGGUCUUGUUUUAUGUAUCAAAAUGUGAGAACCAAAUUGUUUGAACUUGCAUUCCUUCUUAUAUAUGUGGUUGAAUAAA